AUGUCGGAAGCCUACGAGCGCGAAAGGCAGAACAACUCGCGCCUGGACGAGCUGGCCUCCAAAGUCUCGGCCCUGCGCGGCGUGACGAUCGACAUUUACGACAACGCGCGCGACCAGCGGGUGCUGGACAACACGAACGAAACCUUCUCCUCCUUCUCCGCCUCACUCAAGGGCAGCGCGACGCGCCUGACGCGCAUGGCCCAGUCGGGCAACAAGGUCGCCAUCCUCAAGCUCGCCGGCAUCAUUGCUGGCACUGUCAUCGUGCUGUACUGGAUCUGGGGUUUGGUCUUCGGGCAUGGGAGCUCCAAGUAA